AGGUGUUCUGAUUGCUGUUUGCCUAUUCGGCAGAUGCUAAAUUUUUUUCCCCCAUAAAGCUUACGUGACAAAGUGAGCAACAGCGUUUUGAUUUUGAUAAUUGGAUUCGUUUGGUUAGUUCAGUGACAUCAACGAAACUUACAUGUUUACAAGUUUGCUUUCUUCACUGGCGACUGACGCUAGUAGCGUGACGUAAUGGCGCCGUGACGUCAUCAACCGGCCUUUCCUUGACUGCCAGUGCUUAGGGCUGACUUGGGGGUUCUUUGUGCAAAAUGGGGCCCCAAUGGAUCGGCUCCGGGGAGGCUCAUGGACCAAGAAAAAAUCAGUUGCUUUUCGGUUGUAAAGAUGAGGAGCUGGACUUUCUCCCUGAUGGUGCUGCUGUCACUCACGGCACACGCUGAAGCUCAGGGCAGGUGUAACAAUGUCCAAGCAGCAGACAUUGUUUUCCUCGUGGAUGGAUCAUCCAGCAUCGGGAGACCCAACUUCCUGCAAGUCAAAGGCUUCAUAGCUGGGAUCAUCAAACCGUUUGCAAGCUCUGUGGGCGAGUCAGGAAUUCACUUUGGGCUUGUACAGUACAGUGAGACCUCCAGGGUUGAGUUCACCUUUAAAACCCACCUUAACGGCACGGCGCUGGUCAAGGCCGUGCAGAGUCUCGGCUACAAGGGUGGAAACACACGCACCGGUGCCGGUCUCAAGUUUCUCGCCGAUAAUUUCUUCAACCCCGCGCACAGCCGGGACGUCCCAAAGAUUGCUAUCUUGAUCACGGACGGGAAGUCGCAGGACGAGGUGCAGGAGCCGGCGCAGAAGCUGCGCAAUCAGGGAGUGCACAUCUUUGCGGUUGGCAUCAAGAGCGCAGACCGCAAUGAACUGGCUGAGAUUUCCUCCGAGCCCAGCAGGGAUUUCACCUCCUUUGUUGGCGACUUCAAACUGCUCAGCACUCUGCUUCCACUUGUGAGCCCCCGGGUGUGUUCCACAGCAGGCGGAGUCUAUGCCAGCGAUGAGGCAUAUUCCGGCCCGUCCAACAUUCAGUUCACAGCCAUGACGUCCGAUUCGCUCAGGUUCCGCUGGAAUUCUGCAGGCGGGCCUUUGAGAGGCUAUGUGGUCCAGUAUGUGCCCCUUUCAAGCACUGGUCAGCCUAUCACGGCAGAACUGCGGCAGGAGACCGUGUCUGCCAGCCAGCGCAGCUUCACAGCACGAGAGCUGAGGUCUGGAACGCACUACCUUGUGACCGUCAUUGCUCAAUACCCCAACACUGUGGGAGAAUCCGUUUCUGCAAAGCAGCAAACUAAGUCCCUGCCUGGGCUCUCAGGUCUUCGUUUGGUCCAAGCAAGCAUCUUCAGUCUGUCUUUGGCCUGGGAUCAGCCUUUGUCUCCAGUCCAGGGAUACAGACUUAGCUACGCACCACCAGGUCAGACAGGUGAGCAGCAGUUGGUGCAGUCUCUGCCUGCAGACGCCACGUCUGUCAAACUGGAGGAACUUCAGCCUGACACGGAGUACGUCAUCAGCCUCUACCCUCUCUUCCCUCGAAACUCCGCAUCUCCAGCCACCCUCAGCGCCCGCACACUGCGCUUGGAGGCCGUGCAGCAGUUAUCGGUGCAGAAGGAGUCAGAGGGCAGCGUUCGUGUGCAGUGGCGAGGCGUCGGCGGCGCGCAGAGCUACCGUCUGGAGUGGGGACCCGCCGCAGAUUCCAACCGCACUCGGCUCUAUCUCCCCACGAAACCCCAAAAUGCGGGCACGGUUGCGGGAGAAAGCGAGGCGCACAUGCUGUCCCAACUUCAGUCCGACACGGAGUACGUCCUCAAUGUGAUUCCCCUCUAUGAGGGCAACACUGAGGGCCCUGGCGAAACGGCCACAUUCAAGACAGAGCGCCAGGAGCAGCAGGUCCUCAACGCCGCGACCACCAGUCCCUCCUCCAUCCGCCUCACCUGGAGAAUCUUUCCAUCCUCUCAGGGUUACCGCCUGGAGUGGCGGGCAGGCGAAGGUGGCCGUGCCCAGACCUUGUCUUUACCCAGGAGCACCAGCAAAUACGAGUUAACUGGCCUUCAGCCCAACACAGAAUACCUCAUCACCUUGUACACGCUCUUUGAAGGCCGUGAGGAGGCCACGCCCGUCUCUUUCACAUCCAGAGAAGUGCAGCCAGUGGGCAGGGUGUCCAACCUGAGGGUGCUGGAGUCUUUGGGCAGUACAGUCAGGCUUGGCUGGAGCGGAGUUGCUCGUGCCACGCAGUACCGCGUCGUUAGCCGAAGCCCUGAAGCGGGAGUUGAAAAUAUUCAGAUUAUCCCCGGGAACCAGACGAGCCUUGACCUCAGAGACCUGAUAGUGGGCGUGGCCUAUGAUGUGAGCGUGACGGCGCUCGUGGCGGACAAUGAAGGAGCGCCAGUCAGCAUCUUUGUCAGACCAGUGCAAGGUGUCGCCAGAGUGUCCAACCUCAGAGUGACGCAUGCCAACAGCCGCAGAAUUCGUAUAGCCUGGACGGGUAUUAGUGGAGCAACGGGUUACAGGAUUACAUGGAGACAAGGAAAUAGUGGAGAACAGUCUCGUGAGGUUGGGGCAGAAGCCUCGGCCUUUACGAUAGACGGCCUGCAGCCAGAUGAGGCGCUGGUGUUCGGCGUGGCCGCCAUAGUCAACGGCCGCGUCGGGGAGGCGGUCACGCUGUCCUCUCGGACCAACUCGCACGGCGGAACCGUUUCUGGCCUUCGCAUCGUCGACGUCACGCCCGAGUGGAUACGCAUAGCAUGGUCGCCUUUUACCAGGGCGACGGGUUAUAAGUUAAGAUGGCGCAGCGAUGGCGAUGGAGUGGAGACAACUCGGAACGUAGCUGCUGACGUCGCUUCCUUCACCAUUGAUGGACUCCAGGCAGAUUCUCCUUACAGCGUGUUUGUGUCUGCUCUGAGUGGCUCCCGAGAAGGAAGUCCCGCCUCCCUGAGUGUCAGAACAGGACAAUACCAGUCUUCUGUCGGGACGGUGACGUCACUCCGAGUUCAGGACAGCCCAGGAGAGGUUGUCCGAAUUACGUGGGUUGGUGUACCAGGAGCAACGGCCUAUCGCGUGUCGUGGAGGAGAGCUGAUGGUGGCGAAGAAAUUAGUCAGUUGGUGGGUGGCGACGUGACGGCCGUGGAUUUAGAUCGACUGGACCCCGGAACCCAGUAUGAGGUGAAGGUCAUGGCGUUAGUCCAGAACCGCGAAGGAACCCCAGUGUCUGUCCGAGUCACCACACCCGGCGCCUACAUCCCGUCUCCUUCCCUCCCGACCACACCUUUAAGAGUGGCAGAGGUCACCCAGAAUUCUGUGCGGCUUGGCUGGGUCCCGUUACCGGGCGCCACGGGGUACUUUCUGCGCUGGAGGCAGGAAACGGACCGCGGCCCAGGCUCCUCUGUCACACUGCCCGCUUCAGCCAGCUACUACCAGGUGACUGGGCUUCGUCUGGGCCACGAGUACCGCUUUACUAUACAGCCCACUUUUGCAAGUGGACCGGGAAGGGAGAGUUUCGCCACUGAACGCACUGUGUGUCUGGGUGGACGUCUGGAUGUGGUCUUUCUUGUCCCGGCGUCCACUGAUCGGGUUGACCUUGUCAGACCUCUGCGGGCUCUUCUCACAAGUGCAGCGGGGUCAUUCAGCACAAUCGGAGCCCGCGACUCACAGGUGGGGGUUGUUGUGUACGGUUACAGCCCCAGAAUCUGGUUCCGGCUUGAUCGCCACAGCAGGUCCGACACGCUGCUCCAGGAAAUUCAGUCCACACCUUUUGAUGAAAGCCCCGGAAAUAACAUUGGCCAGGCAUUGACCUUUGCCACACAAUAUCUAUUGACCACCUCAGCUGGGCGGAGGCCAAGGGUACCCGGGGUGGUCGUCGUCAUUGCUGACAAAAAAUCUGCCGACAACCUCACGCAAGCAGUCAGCAGCCUCCGGGCGGCAGGUGUGACGGUGUUGGCAGUUGGUAUAGAUCAGGCAGAUGCGGAGGAACUACGGCGGGCGGUGACAGAUGGCAGCACCCAAAACAUCCUGUACGUACGCGACGCCUCGCAGUUGGACUCCAUUCACACUGAGCUGGCAGACUUGCUCUGUGGUAUCGCCAGAAUACCCGAGGUAACUCCAGGACCGGAACGGUGUACCGUUCAGUGUCCGCAGGGAGACAAGGGAGAUCGUGGAGAGAAGGGAGAGAGAGGCAGAGAUGGUGUGGAUGGACGCAAAGGAGAACCUGGUCGGGACGGUUUCCCUGGGAGAGAAGGUCCGCGAGGUCCUGAAGGGCGUCCAGGUCUACCAGGCCCGCCGGUCCCUGUUGAACCCUCAGUGGGGUCAAAAGGAGAUAAGGGAGAUAGAGGUUUUCCUGGUAUCGAUGGAAGUCCAGGAUUACCAGGGCGACCAGGUUCCCCAGGAAACACGGGACUUCCAGGUUCACAGGGCCUGCCUGGUGUCAGAGGAAGCCCAGGUGAGCCUGGUAUUGCAGGCAUGGCGGGGGCAAAGGGAGAUAAAGGUGAAAGGGGGGAUCCGGGUUCCAUAUCAGGAGGAGGUUUUCCAGGAAGGAAGGGAGAGCCAGGCCUCCCUGGAAUACCUGGGACGCCUGGUCGGCCCGGCAGCGACGGUACCAAAGGUACUCCAGGGAAUUCAGGCGCACCGGGGCAAGAUGGCCGCCCAGGGAUACCAGGAACUCCAGGACUGUCCAUCAAGGGAGACAAGGGCAGCCCCGGAGAGAGGGGACCUCCAGGAGUUGGCAGCGGGGUGGUUGUACCUGGUGAGAAGGGCUCCCCAGGUUCUGCAGGGCCUCCAGGAGUGCAGGGUCCUAGAGGGCUAACUGGAUCACAGGGGGCCAAAGGAGACAAGGGUGACAGCGCUGUCGGGCUGCCCGGACUAGCAGGCAGGCAGGGAGAUCCUGGUGACAGGGGUCCUCGUGGGCCUCCAGGAGAAAUUGGCAGUAAGGGUGAUCGAGGGCAGCCGGGUGAGCCUGGAUCGCAGGGAGACCGGGGGGAAAGAGGACCUGCUGGGGAAACAGGAGAGCGGGGGGACCCGGGCAAACCAGGCUCUCCUGGACUGCCAGGGCUGAGGGGUUCCCCAGGGCCCAGUGGAGCGGCGGGAGAAAAGGGAAGUGACGGCGUGCGAGGGGAACCAGGCCGAAGUGUUCAAGGUCCUGCAGGGAAGAAAGGGGAACAGGGAGAGCCGGGCCUCAGCGGUUCUGAGGGCCCCAGGGGAGCAAAGGGAGAGCCUGGCCUGAGAGGAGAGAAAGGGUCUCCAGGGUCAGGUGCGGCCAUGAUUGGACCUAAAGGAGAGCGAGGAGAGCCGGGAUCUCCAGGUAUCAGCGGCAGGCCCGGUGCCAAGGGAGAUGCGGGGGAUCCGGGGGAGCGGGGAGAGGAUGGGCGGCCGGGAAUCCCAGGGAAGGCCGGCCUUCUGGGGAAGCAGGGAGAAAGAGGGGAGAAAGGAGAUGAAGGCACUCCUGGCGAGUCAGGACUUCCCGGGAAGCCUGGAGAACGAGGAGUGAGGGGACUCGCAGGUCAGCCGGGUCGUCCUGGAGAGAAAGGAGACGCCGGAGAGCCAGGAGAGCUGGGGCGAAAUGGAAACCCCGGACCCGCUGGGCCCAGAGGAGAGAAGGGACAACAGGGACUUCAAGGACCUCCAGGGCCACCAGGGAAAGUGGCUGACAUCCAGGGCCAGCUGAAAGGAGAAAGAGGCGAGAAGGGUGAAGCAGGCGACCCAGGAGCGAACGGCGGCAAAGGCCAGAAAGGUGAAGCCGGGACCCCUGGAACCGUAGGCCCAAGAGGUCCUGAGGGACAACGUGGGCAAGCAGGCUCCAGAGGUGACACGGGAGACAGGGGAGGCCCUGGAGACAAGGGCGAAAGGGGGGCCUCGGGUUUGGAUGGUCGUCCUGGUCUGGAUGGUAAACCAGGUGCUCCCGGUCCACCUGGUCAGAGGGGCGAUGCUGGGAAACAGGGAGAUGCUGGAAGAGAUGGUUUACCAGGACUUCGAGGUGAGCAGGGUGCCACGGGGCCUGCGGGACCUCCAGGCACGUCAGGGACACCUGGUAAAGCGGGUGACGAUGGCAAACCCGGGCUUCCUGGCAAAGUGGGCGAAGAUGGUGUGCCAGGGGAAGAUGGGCGAAAGGGCGAUAAAGGAGACGUGGGAGCGGCCGGCCGAGAUGGCCGUGACGGACAAAAAGGAGAGCGGGGUUUGGCUGGGACCUCCGGACCCUCUGGACCCCCGGGACCCCCUGGUCUGCCUGGCAGCAUGGGCCCCCCUGGACAGGUUGUGUACGUCAAAGGAGCGGAAGCAGCACCGAUCCCAGGCCCUCAGGGUCCCCCAGGAACACCUGGUGUACCAGGCAUUCCUGGAGCUCUGGGUGCUCGAGGUGAGAGAGGUCCUCCGGGUCUGAAAGGGGAAACUGGAGAUCCAGGAGAGGACGGGGCACCUGGCAAGCCUGGAAGUGCCGUGGAUGUACAAAAGGCUCUGGCCAGCCUCGGGAUUCAGGUGUCUGACCUGAAGGUGGUUGUGGACAAGAAGGACACCCUCGUGGCGCCGGUGCUGAAGGCAGAGAGAGGUGAAAAGGGAGACAGGGGUGAGCCCGGCCUGAGGGGACCAUCUGGAGCAGACGGGACACGCGGCUUUGCAGGUGACAGAGGCCCAAAGGGGGAACAAGGGGAGCGAGGAUCUGCAGGAACACCUGGGCCUCCUGGAAGAGCCAUUGGAGAGCGAGGACCCGUGGGACCUUCAGGGCCAGCAGGGGAGCCAGGAAAGCCGGGAAUACCAGGAGUUCCUGGGAGAACGGGGGAACUCGGAGAGGCUGGGAGACCAGGGGAGAAGGGUGAAAGAGGAGAGAAGGGAGACAGAGGAGAAGCUGGUAAACUGGGACUGACCGGGCCGGCUGGUCCACCCGGUCAAAAGGGGGCAUCUGCUGACUCAGUCCUCACUGGUGCUCCUGGAACCAGAGGCCUCCCCGGACUCGCAGGACCUAAAGGAGAGCCCGGUGCUCCUGGGCUGCAGGGGUCUAAAGGUGAUCGGGGAUUUGAAGGACCACGUGGUGACAAAGGAGACAGGGGCCAGUCUGGAGAGAAGGGACGCGAGGGCUCACAGGGAUUAUCAGGGGAACCUGGUAAACCCGGUCUGGAUGGGAAACCGGGUCCAUCAGGGGCUGCCGGUCCUCGGGGUCUACCGGGAAACCCAGGAGAGCCUGGCAUCAGGGGACUAACUGGCUCCUUGGGUCCAAAUGGACUUCCUGGUCCACCAGGUGUGAAGGGGAGUCAAGGAGAGCCAGGGCUUGGUGUUCAGGGUCCCCCCGGUGCCCAAGGCAGCACAGGUCUGCCAGGGAACCCGGGUCCUCCAGGAGCUGUCGGUCCACAGGGGCCUCCAGGCUUGUCAGGGCAGGUGGGAGAAGCGGGAAAGCCAGGAGUCCCUGGUAGAGAUGGCGUGCCUGGGAAAGAAGGAUUACCUGGAUUGCCAGGGAAGCAGGGCAUUGUCGGACCCCCAGGCCAGCCGGGCUUAAAGGGGGAGCAAGGAGACAGUGGUCCUCCAGGGAAGGCGGUAGCGGGACCCCCUGGUGUCAAAGGAGAGCGGGGUCUUCCAGGACAAACACUGCCAGGAAUGCCAGGAGACCAAGGUGUAGCUGGUGAAAAGGGUGCCCGCGGAGACAGAGGUGCUGCCGGCACCAAAGGCGAGCGAGGUGAGGCUGGUGAAGCAGGAGAGCCUGGAGAAGAUGGAGCGCAAGGUCCUCCUGGGCCAAAAGGAGAUAAGGGAGAAAGAGGCAUCGGAUUGGCCGGUCCUGCGGGCCGGGUUGGUCCUCAAGGUUUAAAGGGAGAUCAAGGCCUCCCUGGUCUAUCUGGCCCUCCAGGGCUGCAGGGAAAGUCCGGUGAAGCUGGUCCAGCCGGUCUGAGAGGGGAAAAUGGCGAACCGGGACCCCCUGGGCCACCUGGAGAAAGGGGUCUCCAAGGAUUUGUGGGCCGGGCGGGAAAUACUGGACCUCCAGGUCCUUCUGGACCUCCUGGGCAGGCUGGUUCUCCCGGCACAGACGGCGUGAAAGGAGACAAGGGCGAGAAUGGGCUCGGUUUAACGGGACCAAGAGGAGAGAGGGGAGAUCCAGGAGCCAGGGGCGAGGAGGGUCGCCCUGGUUUGGAUGGGGAGAGGGGGCUGACAGGUCCAGCCGGGCUGCGUGGUGCUCGGGGAGAGAAGGGAGAUAUGGGCCUGCAAGGAGACAAAGGAGAGAAGGGCGACACCAUGCUGGUGGGGGGACCUCCUGGCGAAAAGGGCAACAGUGGAGAACAAGGUGACAGGGGGCCCAAAGGUGUGCAAGGAGAAAAAGGAGCAAAGGGUCAAGAGGGUCCACCAGGAGAGCAGGGUCUGAGGGGAGAGCCUGGGGAAAGAGGAUCUACUGGCUUCCCAGGUGCUCGUGGUCCUGGUGGGCAGAAGGGAGAAGAAGGUCAGGCUGGCAUGCCUGGUGAAGCGGGUAUGCCAGGAAAAGACGGGCUGCCAGGUCGCAAGGGGGACAAAGGAGAGAUCGGCGUUGUCGGAAUGAGAGGGAUUAAGGGCGACCGUGGACCCAAGGGGCUUUGUGGAGGUGAUGGACCCAAAGGAGAGAAGGGAGAUGGAGGCUUUCAUGGGCGACCAGGCCUACCUGGAAGGAAAGGUGAACAGGGGGACGUCGGCCCUCCUGGAGCCCCUGGCAUCCCAGGAAAAGAAGGUCUAAUAGGUCCUAAGGGGGACCGUGGUUUUGAUGGUGUUGAGGGCCCCAAAGGAGCUCAUGGAGAGAAAGGCGAAAGGGGUCCACCUGGUAUCCCUGGCCCUCCUGGUCCCAGAGGAGUGGAUGGGGUACCUGGACUCACAGGCCCUCAGGGACCAGGCGGCGCUAAAGGCCCUGAAGGACUCCAAGGACAGAAGGGAGAGAGAGGGCCUCUUGGUCCUGCCCUGGUGGGCCCACGUGGUAUUCCUGGCAUCCCAGGGGAGCGUGGAGAGACGGGGGAGAUGGGCCCAGAUGGAGCCAAGGGAGACAGAGGAGAGCCGGGCAUGACGGAGGAUGAGGUCAGAGAGUAUGUUCGCUCCGAGAUGAGUCAGCACUGUGCUUCAGGCCCCGUCAUUGGCUUCCAGCCCGUGGCCGGGGCUCGGCCCGCCCCGGAGCAACGCGCGGCCCGGAAGGCUGACGAGGGUCGUGAGCUGCGCGUGGUGAUGAACACCAACGACCCUGACUACGAGCACAUCUACUCCAUCGAGGCCUACGACGACCCCGUAGAUGAGCUUCUGUACUUCCCUCCCCCUGACAACCGCACCGACGGUGUGCCUGACAGGCAGGAUCCAAAGUCAGUCAAAGUUAAAGCCAACAACGCACCAAAGGCAGCCAAAGUUACAGCUCUAAAGUCAGCCAAGCCUAAACCAGUUAGGGCCAGGAGGCGGGCCCACGGGGAAGCUCCAGCCGAGCUCUGCUUGCUGCCACUGGAGGAGGGCGGCUGUGGACGCUACACCCUGCGCUGGUACUUUAACCGCAGCGUUCAGGCGUGCAGGCCUUUCAUCUACAGCGGCUGUGGAGGAAAUGACAACCGCUUCCUCCACUUGGAAGAGUGUGAGGAGGUGUGCCUUGACAAGGAUGAAGGGUCUCCGUCCAUGCAGACAGCCCGGUGAUGGCGACCAAGUGCUUCACUACACAGGAACACCAGCCUUCUUAUAGCUUUUAAGUCUUUUUUUCUGUUAAAUAUUUGUUGUUUUUUUAUUUAUUAAACCACGCUUGCUAUA